AUGAAAUUGGAAAAUAUAGAUAAUAAAAUUGAAAAGUAGAAAGUGAGAAAAAAUUGAGGAUAUUCCAUUAGAAAUAGAAAAGUUUUUAAAAAGUAUAUUAAUGAAGGACUAAACAUAUUAAUAUUUGGAAAUAAAUUGUAAUUAGCUUACAAGGAAUCAGGAUAUGAAACUCUUAUUUUAUAAACACCUAAACCACCUAUGGAUAAUGAGAAUAGUUUAGUUAUUAAAUUAAUUAUGAAUAAACAUUCAUCAAUAUAACUCCUUAUAAUCCAUUACUUAAUUUAAUUGAUUAUCCUAUUGAAAUGCAUAAAUGCUAAUAAAAUUAUAGAAUGA